ACAAGGUAGAUGAGGGAAUAUCUUUUAUUGGAUCACCUUCUGUGGGCAAGACACCAGCUUCUGAGCUUACAGAGGGUUCUUCUGCAAGUCUGGGACACCUCUUAUUGUCGUCAGUUUGAUUUAACCCUCUCAGGCCAAGCUUCUCCUGUGUGCCCCGGUGGAUCAGCCUGGAGGUGAUGUCCCAGGUGUGCAAGGCAGCCCUGGAGAGGAGUAUGGUUCACAUUCCUGCCACACUCAGGCUCACUGGGACAUUUGGCCUCCGUUCAGGCAAAAUGUUCAUCGGGGGACUGAGCUGGCAAACCACGCAAGAGGGCUUGCGGGAAUACUUCAGCCAGUUCGGGGAGGUGAAGGAGUGUCUAGUGAUGCGGGACCCGCUGACAAAGAGAUCCAGGGGGUUCGGGUUUGUCACAUUCAUGGACCAGGCCGGUGUGGACAAGGUUCUGGCCCAAUCCAGACAUGAACUGGACUCCAAGACGAUCGACCCAAAAGUAGCAUUCCCCCGCCGAGCACAGCCCAAGAUGGUAACGCGGACGAAGAAGAUAUUUGUGGGGGGUCUCUCUGUGAACACUACCGUGGAGGAUGUGAAACAGUAUUUUGAGCAGUUUGGGAAGGUGGAUGAUGCUAUGCUGAUGUUUGACAAGACAACCAACCGACACCGAGGGUUUGGAUUCGUCACAUUUGAGAGUGAAGAUAUUGUGGAGAAGGUGUGUGAGAUCCACUUCCAUGAGAUCAAUAACAAAAUGGUGGAAUGUAAAAAAGCGCAGCCAAAGGAAGUGAUGUCCCCCACUGGCUCUGCGAGAGGGCGGUCCCGAGUGAUGCCUUAUGGGAUGGAUGCCUUCAUGCUUGGGAUUGGCAUGCUGGGUUAUCCAGGUUUCCAAGCUGCCACUUAUGCCAGUCGGAGUUACACGGGCCUUGCGCCUGGCUACACUUACCAGUUUCCUGAAUUCCGUGUAGAGCGGACCCCUCUCCCGAGUGCCCCCGUCCUCCCCGAGCUCACAGCAAUUCCCCUUACUGCAUAUGGACCGAUGGCGGCAGCAGCGGCGGCAGCAGCUGUAGUGCGAGGGACAGUUUUGCUUUCUCCCUUAGGUUCUACUCCGAGCCGCACUGGUGGGUUUCUGGGCACUACCAGUCCUGGGCCAAUGGCAGAGCUUUACGGAGCAGCCAAUCAGGAUUCAGGGGUCAGCAGUUACAUCAGUGCUGCGAGUCCAGCUCCAAGUACUGGCUUUGGUCACAGCCUUGGGGGUCCCUUGAUUGCAACGGCUUUUACCAAUGGGUACCACUGAAGCUAGCAACCAAGGAGGCAGGAGAUUCCCCGUUACCUAACCAAGGACAGCGGGCUGGAGGAUCUGGUGAGCCUUGGGGGAUGAGCCAAGGUUUCCUUUCUAUUGAAUAAAACUGCACACUGCCGGCUGGUUGCCAGGCUCCUGCUGACCUGCCCUGAUCUCUCCCAUUGAACAGACCACACUGGACUGAACCCAAGGAGAUCAUCUCGCUUUCUUACUAACCACCGAUGGUUUACGCUUCUCCCUUCCCCAACCCACCGAUUCUUCUUUAUUUAUUUUAUUAGCUGGUAGUUUUAUUUUUUAUUUUUUUUUUUUUAUCUUUAUUGGGGGGGGACCCUCCUUUUUCAUUGUUUGCUCUUUCCUGAGCUAGUAGACAUAUUUUAUGAAUUGGCUUUGUGAUCGUGUUAGGUAGUUUUUAAUGAGGAGUAUUUUUAUUUGGCUUUGAAAUUGUUUUGAAUCUUUUCAACUCUGUUGUUGUCAAAAUUUUUAAAGGACAGUAUGUGAUGUGAAUGCAGUUCUGAAGGGAAGAGAGACGCAGAGAGAGAGAGAGAACGCUGAGCAGAACUGACGCAUUUCUAUUUUUUUUUAAAGAAACUGUUUUUAAUUGUUUCUGUUUUGUAAAUGUGAGGUUUUGAAAUGUGUGAAGCUCCAAGGAUCUGAAAAGGUGGGACAUCGCUACGGAACAAAACAAAAUGUAUAUUUUGCUAAGUAAAAACACUAUCCUUACAGCUGAAAGUAUUUUUGUUUUCCUAGGUUUAGUUUUACGUGGGGUUUUCUUUUUCCUAGUGUAUAAUAUGUAAAUAUCGCGAGGUGAACCUGGCUGCAGCCUGACUCAAGGAGCAGCUCCAGGUUCCUGAACCUGGCACCUCAGUGUGAGCAAUAUUCUCCAGCAGAAUCCUGUCAGGACUCCUUUCUUUUUUGUAUACCUUUUACUGUAAGAUUUUAAGACCUCUGAGAUGAAGGGGCGGGAGAGGGAAAUGAAACUUACCGGCCAUCGGCUAUUUUGCUGAGCGGGUUAAAGCUGCUUCCAGUCGCUUGAUGUACAGACUCCACCACUGGGCUCCCUAAGUGCCAGCAUCUGGUUUGGCUAGGCAAAGGGCUUUACUGCCCCUGCUUGUCUUCGUUAUUUUGAAAGGUAUUGACUCUCCAAACAGUAUCACUUGUGUCAAGAUAGUCUGGGGAAGGGCAUCAUCUUCUAGGGGGCAGGGUACUGGGAAGGGCUCGUCUGGGGUGGGAUGUGGAGGUGGUCAUUCUUUGAAGGGCAGGGCAUUGGGUGGGGGAAGUCAUUAACGGGGGGGAACUGGGGGUGGUACUGUAUGGGGGAAGGGUGAGUAAAGGGCUUCUCAGGGAUCAUAUGAAUUCUAGAAUCACAGCUUCCCAUUAGCUUUCCUCUGUGUCCUGAAAUCUGGGGGAGUUCGUCCUUUGUCCUGUAAUUUGAUUAUAUGGUCCCUUCUCCUGAGGCUGCCCGAGCCCUUGUUAACAAGUGGCCUCUGCUGUGGGGUUGCCUCAAGCAGGAAUUUAAGGGACAGGAUUGGGUCUGGAUUUGUUUUAAGUGAACCAAAGACCUUGUUAAGGGGGGUGAUUAAGCCUUUUAUUAAGAUGCAGCCCAACACUUUUCCCAGGGAAAUAAUGUAGCUUCAUCUUAAGUUUUAAAAAUCAUUCCCUCUCUUCUCCCAAAAUGAGCCCCAGUAAGUGAAAGGAUUGGAGGGGGGCCACGGUGCGCAAAUGGACCCCUUCUUCCCUUCCACUUCCCGAUUCCCUAGCUGCAUUGUGGCUAGUUUUGAGACCCAGCAGUGUGGGCCGUGCCUGACCAAGCAAUACAUUUGGAGAGCUCUGUUUAGUCAGAGGUACUUAAUGGGUUAGUACUGAAAACACAAAGCAAUAAUUUUUGUUACUGAGACAAGAGUCUGUAUGUCUGAGUUUUUUUAAUAUUUCCUAAUUAAAGAAGAGCUGCAUUGUAUUGGGUUUAUUUUUAUUCUGUAUACUUCAAAUUUGGGUUUGCAGACAGCGCUUUCUUCCCUCUUGGUACAUGCGCUGAGCUGCUUCUGUGCCCCCUUCCACACACCUCACAGCCCCACUGUAUUGCCACUGGGCUGUGAUUCGCUCUCCAGCCAGUGCUGCUGCUGCCCAGAGGCUGGGGCUCCGGUUUGAGGGUGGGCAUUUUUUAAAAAGAAAUAAAGCUAUGUUUUGAAAGCCAGUAAGUUAUUACACUCCAGUGUUUGUUCUCUCCACACCUGUAACCCUUUUUCCAGAUUUCAGUUUUAAAUUCCUAAUAAAUUAUUUCAAAAUGGUC